UUUUUUUCGGGUUUUUCUUAGCCUCUGUAAAUGGAUCCUUGAUUUUUUCCCCUUUCCCCUUUUGAUUUUCUUUUUUAUUUUGGAUUUUUGGGUUUGAAUGAGAGUAGUGUACGAUUCGGUGGAGAUUUUUGUAGUUUUCUCGUUUCUGGAUGUCUAUGUAUUUGUUUCUGUUUGAUUUUUAAUUUUUUUUCCCCUUCGAAUUAUUUGGCGCCAAGUCUCGAAUUCGAGUUGGAUUUCAUUUAUAAUUCUGGAUCAUCGUGUAUACAGUCACUUGUUUGAUCGAUCGAAAUGGAUGCUUGUUAAGCACUGGCGACGGUUGCCGGUUCGGUGGCGGAUCGGAGUUUGGGGACAGCGUCAGUGAAUUCGAAGAGGUUGAUUGUCGAGUGGUGUUGUUUGAUUCUUCAUAACCUUACGGCAAUGCCGACGGUGGGGAUGAGAAGGACAAGAGUUAUUGGAUUGAAAGGUGUUGAUGGAGGUAGAGUUUUAAGGUCUGGAAGACGGCUUUGCAUUGAAUCGGUUGAAGCGAAGCUUAAGAAGACUAAAGAUGUCUCUGAUUGGUACCCUGUCGUCAACAAGAGAGGGAAUGGGGGCGGAAGUGGCCAGGUUAGGUUCCAUGGUAAGUGGCAAGGAAUACGAAAUGUCAAACCAAAGAGUGUUGUCGUUGUUAACAUUCGUGAGGAGGAGGAGGAUGAUGCUUGUGUAGCGGAAGUGCCUAAGCCAGUGAAGGUUUUGGCUAGAAUCAAUGGCGAUGGUGAAUUUGGUUAUGUGGAUCGGAUGUUUGGUGAAGUUUAUAGAAGAAAGAGGAAGAGGGGUCUUUCAGAAAACGGUGAUGUUUUUGAUGAAAUGGAUAGGAUGUUUGGACUUCGAUUCAUUCGAAGACAGAGAUCGAGGAAGAACACUGUUGAACAUUGGGAGCCCACAGCAGGUGGCCAUUCUGCUAAACUGCAUUUCCAUAAGCAGAGCAUUUCGCCACCGCCCCGGGAUCGUGUUCUCACUGUUUUUGCUGGGAGUGAUCAUGAUGGUGUUGGCUGUUUUUCAGAUUUUAUGCUCUCGGUUCUUAGACACUUUAAGAGUCCAGAGCUGGGGAUGGCUAAGUUUUCUGCAUUUUUAUUGUCCAGUCCAAUCCAUGAUGUUUUUGCUUCUAAGGGAAUGCGUUUCUUGCAGAGUUAUCCUUCUAUUGGAAGCUCUGGCAUGUGUGUGAUUUUCGGGGCCGUGCAGUCGAUUCCGAUGUUCCAUCUGGAUUUUUCCGCUGUUCCUCUCUGUUUUAUGCACUUGCAUUCCUUGAUGCUUUUUAGAGUAACUUGGAUUCAAGCUCGUCUAGUAUAUAAUAACAAUCAGUUAGAUGUAGAUAUGAGUAGUGAUAAUGCAGAAGACAGUAAUGAAGAGUACCUUGUUUCCAGUCCUCCUGGAAGUUCUUUGGAAUGCAAAUCUAUGGUCGUUGGAGUCGAUCAUACUAAGAGUCGAUCCAUUUCACAUCCAUCUGUUCGAGCUUCAAGAUUAGGUAGUCGGACCCUGCAAUACCGAAAUGGUUUCAGCUUUCGUGGCAUAAGGAAAAGGAGAAGUUCGCGGGGGAUGAGGAGACCAAGAAGCCAUUCUCUUGCUGCUAUGCAAAAAGCCAUUGGCUCUUUAGGGGCUGAUGAUAUGAAACGCAGUGUAUCGUUUCCUUCUGCUGCAUCUUGUAUCAGGCACAAGAACUUGGCCCGGAGAGACUCUGCUGGACGUAUCAGAGAAGAGAGUUCUACUGCAUUGCGAUCGGCAAUGGAUGUUAGCUCAUCGUGCUGCAAUGCAAAUAUAUUAAUUGUAGAAUCUGAUAAAUGUUUGAGAGAAGAGGGAGCCAGUAUCGUGCUCGAGUUUUCUGCAUCGUGUGAAUGGCUUCUAGUUGUCAAGAAAGAUGGUUCAACUAGAUACACAUUCAAAGCAGAUAAAGUCAUCAUGAAGCCCGCUUCAUGCAAUCGUUUUACACAUGCAAUCUUGUGGUCAUCAGAUAACGGUUGGAAGCUGGAGUUUCCUAAUAGAAGGGAUUGGUUUGUUUUCAAGGAUCUUUACAAGGAGUGUUCCGAUCGCAAUAUCCCAUGUUCUGCCGCUAAAGCUAUUCCUGUGCCUAUAGUAUCCGAAGUCCCAGGUUACGUUGAUAGUAGCGGUGUUUCUUUUCGAAGGCCAGAUACGUAUAUCUCUGUAAACGACGAUGAGGUAUGCAGAGCAAUGGCAAAGAGUACAGCAAAUUACGACAUGGACUCUGAUGAUGAGGAAUGGUUAAGCAAGUUCAACGACGAGCUCGUUGCAACCGACAAUCACCAUGAAUGUGUUUCAGCGGAUAAUUUCGAGUUGAUGGUCGAUGCUUUUGAGAAGGGAUUUUUCUGUAAUCCAGAUGCCUUCUCCAAUGAGGAAGCACCUGCUGAUAUAUGCACGCAUCUCGGUAGCCAGUCGAUAGUCGAGUCUUUAUUUGCUUAUUGGACGAAGAAACGAAAACAACGAAAGUCGUCUUUGAUCAGGGUUUUCCAGGCUCAUCAGGCUAAGAGGAAACCUCCGGUGAUCCCUAAACAUAUCAUGCGAAGAAGAAGGUCAUUCAAAAGACAACCUAGCCAAUCUGGAUGUGGGGGGAGGGCUACCCAAUCAAGUAUCUUAGAAGAUACAUUCUCGAGACGAGAUGCCAUGGAGCAUCAUCAGAACGGAAUGCAAAAGUACGAAGAAGUGAAGGCAGCAGCUGACCGAUGCGUUGAAACUGCUGUAAGCAAGCGACAAAGGGCACAGUUGCUGUUGCAGAAUGCAGAUUUGGCAACUUACAAAGCCAUGACGGCACUUAGGAUUGCCGAAGCAAUUCAGGCAUCAGAAUUGCUGGAAGCUGAAGCAGCAGCCGCCGCCGCCGCCGCCACUGCUUCAUGCUUUCUUGAAUAAAAUUUUGUAUCCAAACUGUUCUUAAUUAUUGUAUAGUAUUUCAUCAAUGUGUACAUUCUAUUCUGUACAAUGAGCCAAAUUCUAAAAACUAACACAAAUAGAAUCUCAAAUUUUCAUUU